AUGGGCAACGACGCAGAACGCAUUCUCACGUCGUUUGGUCUGGAUGCACGACAGCGGCAAGAAUACGACACUGUUCUGGAAAAAUUUGAUGAGUACUUUGUGCCAAAACGCAAUAUCAUCCAUGAGCGUGCACGAUUUCACGCCAGAAAUCAGAAACCGGACGAAAGUAUCGAAGAAUACGUUAGAGAUUUAUACGAGCUCGCUGCAAAGGCAGACGCAAGGCAAUAUGAGCAAGUGAAAGCACAGCUUUCUGACCAGCGUCGCACAAAUGUGGACGCAGUGCAAUUCAAGAAAAGUGCCUCUGGUGCUGCUCAGCAAGUACAUAGUCAGUGCAAAGGUGCAACUGGCAAUUCGCGCGGCUUCAGUGGUCGUCGUCGCGGUAGAGCAGAAAAGAGUGACUUUGCAUCGUCAGCAGUUAACGUGUCAAGCUGUACUCGUUGUGGCAGACGGCACGCUAGCACAUGUGUGUGCCCAGCUCAGGGAAGGAAGUGUAACAAGUGUGGUAGGCUUGGACACUUUGCUACAGUGUGCAGAACAAAGUUAGUGCAGGCACUUGAAGAAAAACAAGUCAAGGAACAUUUUGUAGGGACUUUGUGCAGUGACAGUAGAGAACCACCGUGGACAACUGUAUUACAGUUUGGCGGUUGUGAUGUCAAGUUCAAAAUUGACACAGGGCAGAUGUUUCUGUCAUUUCAUUUACACAGUACAAAAAAGUUGUCACCAUGUCCCAAGCUAUUGAAGACCAAUGUAGUGUUAAAGAGUGUAGGAGGAGUCCUGAAGUGUGAUGGACAGUUCAUUACUACAACAAGAAUUCAUGACCAGCUUCAUGUACUGAAAGUGUUUGUUGUGCAAGCAAUCACUGAAAAUCUGCUUAGUAGAGAAGCAGCAUCCAGAUUAGGUUUAGUGAAGAGGAUAGAGGCUGUCAAUGCCUUAUUUGGAAAACUUGACAAGACACCUGUGCAGUGUCCUCCAGUCAAAAUCAUCUUGAAAGAAAACAUUGAGCCAUACAGUGUUUAUGCAGAAAGGAGAAUACCAAUACCAUUGCUGGACAAGGUCAAGGAAGAAUUAAAAAGAAUGCAGGAAACAGGCAUUAUAGAGGAAAUAACAGAGCCAUCAGAUUGGUGCUCUCCCAUUGUGCCAGUAAUGAAGAAAUCAGUUUACAGCAAGCUGGAUGCAACAUCAGGUUUCUAUCAGAUUCCCCUUGAUCCAGAUUCUGCAAAACUUACUACAUUCAUCGCUCCAUGUGGGAGAUAUUUCUUCAAGAGAUUACCAUUUGGUAUUUCAUCAGCUCCAGAGAUUUUUCAGAGGACCAUGGAGACUAUCCUAAAGGAUGUACCCAACAUAAUCUGCUAUUUUGAUGAUAUCCUUGUUUAUAGUGAGAAUGAACAAGCUCACGAGAAGCAUCUUGAGAGAGUCAUGAAAACACUUGCCAGUGCUAACCUGAAACUCAACUAUGAGAAAUGUGAGCUCAGGAAGCAUGAGAUUGAAUUUUUGGGUCAUAGAAUCAGCAAGAAUGGAAUUUCACCAGACCCAGGAAAGGUUGAAGCAAUAAUUGCCAUGCCAGAUCCAACUAAUGUACCCGAGUUGAGGAGGAUGCUGGGUAUGUGCAACUUCUUAGGGCGGUAUUUGCCAAGUCUGUCUACAAUACUUCAGCCAUUGACGCAACUGCUGGGGAAGGAUCGAGAGUGGAAUUGGGGCUCAAUGCAAGUCAAAGCAAUGGCAGAUGUGAAGAAACUGCUUACUUCAGCACCAACACUAGCAUUCUACGAUCCGGCAAAGCUUACAAUUGUCAGCUCAGAUGCCAGUAGUUAUGGCAUUGGUGGCGUGUUGCUACAGCAGCAUCCUGAAGGUCUCAAAGCUGUGGCAUAUUGUUCAAGAACAUUGACUGCUAGUGAGUGCAGAUAUGCACAGAUAGAGAAAGAAACACUUGCAGCAGUCUGGGCUUGUGAAAAGUUCAGCAGAUACCUGAUUGGUCUUGACAAUGUUCGACUACAGACUGAUCACAAACCUAUUGUGCCACUAAUCAACAAUCGUGACUUGCAAGAUACUCCUAUCAGAUGCCAACGCAUGUUGAUGCGUCUCAUGAGAUUCAGCAUCACAGCAGAGCUGGCCAAAUACAUUACAGAUGUAGAAGAUAAUCUUCGUGACUAUUAUGCAGUGCGCAUGGAACUUAGUGUGCACAAUGGUCUCCUUACCAGAGGAACACGCAUUGUUGUGCCAGCACCACUUCAUGAUGAUAUCCUGAAGAGGAUACAUGAAGGUCAUUUAGGGAUCACCAAGUGCAGAGAUAGAGCAAAGGCAGCAGUUUGGUGGCCAGGUAUUAAUGGCAGGAUUAAAAGAAUUGUUGAAGAAUGCAGACAUUGCCAGGAGAAGAAACCGACACAGAGCAAGGAACCUUUGAUACCAACAGAAUUACCACAACGUGUAUUCCAGAAGUGUGCAGCAGAUUUGCUGGAAUUCAAAGGACAAUCAUACCUUGUGUUUGUAGAUUAUUAUUCGCGCUUUAUUGAUCUUGCGCACAUCAAGAUUAGUACAUCAGCAGAAGUUAUCAAACUUCUGAAGAGCAUGUUUGCACGCCAAGGAAUCCCAGAGAUUCUUGUUACAGACAAUGGAAGGCAAUUCACAUCUAGGGAGUUCCAGGAAUUUGCAGUAAAGUGGGGAUUUCAACAUGUUACAACAAGUCCACACUAUCCACAAGGUAAUGGAGAGGCUGAAAGAGCAGUUCAAAUUGCCAAAAAGAUUCUGCAGCAAGAUGAACCUGAAUUAGCUCUAUUGAUAUACAGAGACACUACUAUUUCUGCUACAGGAUAUAGUCCAGCAGAAUUAGCCUGUGGAAGAAAACUGAGAACUACAUUACCUACAUUGCCUGAGAACCUUGAGUCAAAGACAUUUGAUAAAACAGCUGUAACAGCGAGCGAUGCAAAAGCAAAGCAGUCUUACAAGAACUGUUUUGACAAGCGUCAUGGAGCGCGACCGCUUGACGAACUGCUUCCAGGCGACACUGUAUUGCAGAAGCUAGAUGGUGAGAAGCACUGGAGAAGUCCAGCAGUCAUUCUGCAGCAGUGUGCUCCAAGGUCAUACAUUGUACAAACUCCAAGAGGUAGUUUGCGACGCAACAGACGUCAUCUCAGAAGAUCAAGAAACUUCGAGCCGGAGCAGUCCAGUUCCAGACCCAGUCCUGUCCAAAAUGACUUUUCCCUGUAUACUUCCCAAGUCCCAGUGACAGGUGAACCAGAGACAGCGCUUCAUGUCAGCGAUCCGAUUCAGUGUCCAGAAUCGACGUCUAGUAAAGGUGGUCCUGCUACAGAAGCCAGACAUAGUGCUACUCCAGAUCCAGGAGAUUCCCAUUCCAGUAGCAGCUCUACACAUAGAAUGACUCGUAGCGGCAGAAUAAUCACCCUGCCCGCACGUUAUAAAGACUGA